CAAGCGGGCCGUGCCGGCUCAAGACCUCAGGCGUGGCCAGCAAUGUGGAGAUUGCGCUCAUUGGCAAUUUGACAUGUCGCAGUUCAGCGGCUGCAGCGCGCCCGAUGAGGCGCUCGCGGUGCAGAUGGCAAAACACCAUCGCCACCUCGAAAUCAAAAUAGGCGCCAUGAUGGAGGAACAACAAAAGUCGAUCCUCGAAGGUAUCGAGCGGAUGCUGCAAGAGCAGUACUUUGGCCGCGUCGGCAGCACGCCACGGACAGUCAUCCAGCAGCGCCCGAAAAUGUCCGAGGUUAGCGUCCGACAUUCAGUAUCGAAGAGGACUUCGACAAGCACGGCUAAGGGGAUAGUGAGUGUUGGGGAGGCCAAGAGAAAUUUUGGCACCGUCAAGACCAUGAUCAUCCAGGGAGAUCGGUCUGCCAGCCGCUCGCUGGGCGAGGCCGGUGAUCGUGCCGCCUGGCCCUUCGCGGUGGCCAGCACCAUCAAGGACAGGCGUGAAUUUGAAAUCGUCGUCGCGGUAAUGAUACUGGCAAAUGCAGUCAGCGUUGGGUACCACGCCGACUGGAGCAUCAGAAACCCUGGCGUUGACCGGGCAGGCUCGUCCAGGAUCAUCGACUGGUCCUUCCUCUGUGCGUUCGUGCUGGAGCUGGCGAUCCGCGCGCUCGCGGAGCGCUGGGCAUUUUUCGACACCGCGAACGCGUGCUUCGGGUGGAAUGUCUUCGACACCUGCAUCGUGCUCAUCGGCAUCCUCACCGAGGUGGACGCCUUCAGCCUGAACCUGUCCAUGAUGCGAGCCGUGCGCGUGCUGCGGCUGGUCAAGGUCAUGAGGAUAUUCCGGUUUCUGACCUUCUUCCGGGAGCUCCGGGUCAUGGUGCACGGCAUCGUGAACUGCGGCAGAACCCUUUGCUGGUCUCUCCUGCUGCUCUUGGCCAUCACGUACAUCUACGCGGUGUUCUGCCUCCAGGUGUUCGCCGACUGGCUCGGUUCGGUGGACGGCGCAGCUGCGCAGUCCGACAUCAGAAUUCAGAACACGAUCGAGAUGCUCCAUUUCCAUUUCUCUUCGCUGCCUUGGUCUUUGUACACGUUGUUCAAAGCGAUGUCUGGCGGCUCCAGCUGGGGAGACGUCAUGGCCGAUCCGAUGUAUCACGUGGGCGUGAUCAUGGUACCGUCAUUCGCGCUCUACAUUAGCGUGACCGUGUUCUGCGUUCUCAACGUGAUUCAAGGGCUGCAUUUGUCGAGGCAUCUUCGCGACAAACGCUCGAUGACGACGCGGAUCUCGUGGAGCACCUGGACGGAAAGACGAAGUGGGUCGAAAGGUUGGUGGCCCUCUUCGACAAGCACGACGUGGAGGGCUUUGGCCGCAUCAGCCUCGCCGAGUUCGAGAAUGUGGCGCAGGACUGGCGAGCCCGGUCGCUCUUCAAGGAGAUCGGACUCGACUUCGAUUUCAGGUGCGCCAGGUCCCUGUUCCGCCUGUUCGAUAUCGACGGCGACGGGCAGGUCGGCAUCGACGAGUUCGUGCAGGGCUGCUACCGGCUGAAGGGCCCCGCGCAGAGCCUGGACAUGUACCUCGGUAUGUGCAGGCUCUCGCGCAGGGUCGACUCCUUGUGCCGCCAGCGCACCGCUGGCUCGGCCGCCGCCACCCCGCCGGGCGUGGCGUCCAUCGCGGCGGUGCCCGAGCUCGAGGAGGAGGAGGCUGUCGGCGACGACGAGGACGACGGCGACGACUCGACGACGGCGACGACUC